GAAAAGCUCGUAAUUACGUAAAUCCCCUUUUGUUUCUUUCUCCCCCAUUUCUUACUCUGCUAGAAGAAAGGGGCUGGUCUCGUCGAUGUAAUGAACCUGAUACAAGCACCUAGGGUACUAACAUGGCUUUCUAGAUUACUUACCUAGUAAAAUAACUGCCUGAGCACCGUCGACCAUUCUACCGCAGCAUUAUUCUCAUCCUUGCCACUACCUAUGGCACCAUAUCAGCACUACUACGAGAAGCCAGGCUAUGUCAUCGCCGCAUGUAUGGUGCUCUCGGUAAUAGAUAUCGUUGUCGUCGUUCUUAGAAUAUGGGCGAGGCUCAAAAAGAAGGAGCCUUUCAAAGCUGAUGACUGGUUUAUCAUUCCAGCACUGUUGAACACCCUCGGCAUCGGUAUAUCAAUGACAUUUGCUGUUUCUCAGCAUGCCCUUGCAUACCGCACAGUGAUACCGGCCGAUUUUCGCGGAAGUACAACGACCCUGAUCACACCGCAGAUUAUUUUAGCAUCGCAAGUCGAAUAUGCCUUCGGUUUGAUGCUCUGUCUCGGGCUCGGAUGCGUCAAGAUCAGCAUCCUCUCCUUUUACUUGCGAAUUUUCUCGGUCACUCGAGAGACAAUGACACACAAAGCCAUGGUCGGUCUAACCGCCCUUAUUGCAGCUUGGAUGACUGCCUUCUUUUUCACAAACUUGCUUGUGUGCAAGGGAAACUUCUGGGCCUAUUGGAGUUCCGCCGUAAAUCUCCAGAAAUUCUGCCCUGGUACCACGUAUAAGAGCCUCGUGUUCGCCAUCUCCGAUUUCAUCACGGAUGUUGUUAUCCUCGCGGCUCCAAUUCCCCUUGUUUGGCGUCUGAAUAUGCCGACUAAGAGGAAGAUCGCUGUCAGUGUUGUCUUUCUUGUCGGGGCAGGAUCAGUGGUGGCCUCUCUAAUCCGAAUGGUACAGAUCAUAUCCCUGUUCAGGAAGGGAUUCAAUCCUAACGACGACGAGAUUUACCUCAUUACCACUAAUCUGUACUGGGGAAUGAUUUCUUGCGGAGUCGGCAUUAUUGCAGCUUGCCUUCCAACUCUACAUUCGCUUCCCAAGCAUUGGAAUCUUUUGACUAUCGUAGACAGCGCUAGAAGCAUCUUGAAAAUGUCAUCUCGUAGAUCAUUAUUGGAUGACACUGACCAUCCAGAUACUCGCGGAGUAGCUGUGGGUCGCCCCUAUACCCAAAAUGCCGGGUUUUCCAACACAUCAGUUCGACUACAGAGUAAGAAGAGUUAUCAGCAUUCUCUAAAACCGGAGGAGUUUCCCAUGGAUGAUCUAAGGGGUUAUGAGGUAGUGUGAAUACCUAGCUACUCUCUCCUUGGAAGAUAAUUAGAUACCUACCUAUGCAAGCAGCAGGUGACUCUGCCAAGAUCCGUGCAGGUAGGAAGAGCCGAAGAUGUGAAAUAGAGUCAUAUGCAAUAGAUCCAAUAAUAUAUGUAUCUUACGCCGGCGAGGAUAUAGAAUAAGCUACAAUGACGUUCGUUCGAAAGAUAUCAUACCUGACAUAGAACGGCUAUAUCUGGGAGCUCAUUACCUAGGUAGGCAGGCAAUCCUACCUGUGUG